CAAUCUGGACCAGAGCACAGUUGCCGAUAAAAAUGUUGUCACAUAGGAUUUCGUGUAAAUACAGGACUCAUAUGGAUCUCGUUAUGUAUCGUUGAUUUAAAAAGGUCUGGGGACCCGGGUUCAUCCACCUAAAUCAGCACCUGGAUGAAAGAGGAUGUUGUUAAUCCGGAUCCGCCUAGCCAGGCGUCACGGCACCAACAAGAUGGCUGAGAGUACGGGAGGAAAAUGAGGGAGGAAACAAAAACAUUGGCGAGUUAUAUUUACCGCAAAAACCAGACCUGUACAGCUGCUGAAGAUAAGUUGGCGCAAAGAUAAAAACUGGGUAAUCAGUUUUUUUAUGAUUCCGUUUUGUGGGUGACAUUUGCGUUAUGCAGACAAAUUGUGCUCCGAGUCAGCUCACCGACAGAAUGUUUGUCAGGUCGUUGCGUGGGUUGGCUAGCUAGCUAACAACACCGUUAGUGAGAGAAUACGUGUUUAGAAAGUGACAGUUGGGACAUUUUUUUAAAUAAAUAGCUGUUGUCAGUUGAUAGUUUUUAAGAAUUAAAGUUUGCUUCCUUGAGUGGCAAAUGGCAUUUAACGCACUAGUUAACGCUUAGCCAACCGAUUAGCAAGCUAACAUUGCGGAUUUCUUGUUUGCAGUUUCAAAUUUAGCGUUAGCAAGCGUCAGUUAGCUGGUUCCGCUGUUUUUGGGAAAACUUGGGGUUGUUGCGACGCAAGAAAGGUACAACAGUGUGUGAGCGAAGGACAUUUUCUACAUAAAAGUACCGGAGACAGUUGUCAGUAGGCCUGGAUGACCAGGUAUUCUGGAGGACUGCUGACAUUAACGGUACCACAUCCGAAACUGUAAACAUAAAGGUGGGAGAAAGCGAGAUCUCAGCUCUGCGUUGUUGGACGAGGCGCAGAUCCAGGCAGCAUCACCAUGGCCCAUUCUCCCGUUCAGGGUAACCUGCCGGGGAUGCAGAAUGCCAAAGUGGACCCAGAGGAGCUGUUCACCAAGCUGGAACGCAUUGGCAAGGGUUCCUUUGGCGAGGUGUUCAAAGGCAUUGACAAUCGCACCCAGAAGGUUGUGGCCAUCAAGAUCAUAGACCUGGAGGAAGCAGAGGACGAGAUUGAAGACAUCCAGCAGGAGAUCACGGUGCUGAGCCAGUGCGACAGCCCUUUUGUCACCAAGUACUAUGGCUCAUACCUGAAGGACACAAAGUUAUGGAUCAUUAUGGAGUAUUUAGGUGGCGGCUCAGCAUUAGACUUGAUGGAGCCUGGUGCUCUGGAUGAGACCCAGAUCGCCACAAUCUUGAGAGAGAUCCUCAAGGGCCUGGAGUAUCUGCACUCUGAGAAGAAGAUCCACAGGGAUAUCAAAGCUGCCAAUGUGCUGCUGUCUGAGCAAGGAGAGGUGAAGCUGGCAGAUUUCGGAGUAGCUGGUCAGCUCACUGACACCCAGAUCAAACGCAACACCUUUGUGGGCACACCCUUCUGGAUGGCUCCUGAGGUCAUCAAACAGUCGGCCUAUGACUCUAAGGCAGAUAUCUGGUCUCUGGGAAUCACAGCCAUUGAGUUGGCAAAAGGUGAACCGCCUCACUCAGAGCUCCAUCCCAUGAAGGUAUUAUUCCUCAUCCCAAAGAACAACCCACCUACACUGGAGGGCAACUACAGCAAACCGCUCAAGGAGUUUGUCGAGGCCUGUCUCAACAAAGAACCGAGUUUUAGGCCAACUGCCAAAGAGCUGUUGAAGCAUAAGCUGAUUGUUCGCCACGCAAAAAAGACCUCCUACCUGACGGAGCUGGUGGACAAGUACAAGAGGUGGAAGACGGAGCAGUCGAGAACUACAGAGUCCAGUUCUGAUGAGUCUGACUCAGAGCAGGAUUGCCAGGCGUCAGGUGGGAAUGACUUUGGCAACGAUGACUGGAUCUUCACCAUCCGAGAGAAGGACCCCAAGAAGCUGCAGAACGGAGAGGGGCAGUCGGGGACAACAGACCAGACAAAAGACAUUCCAAAGAGGCCUUAUUCACAGAGCCUGGCCACAGUCAUCUAUCCUGCAUUAGCUGAGCUGAAGGCAAGACAGGAGCAGGUGAACGGGAACCCCAUGGUCUUAGAUGAGCUGAGGGAGGCCAUCCUGCUGGCUGAAGAGGCCUACCCCAGCAUCUCUGAUUCCUUGGUAGUCCACAUGGUCCACAGGCUCCAGAGUUUUUCUACAAGCAGGACAUCCUCCUCCUCCCCAUAGUGACUGGCUCCCACCCCUGCCAAACAGCACAGACUGGUCAGAGAGUUAAAAGUCAGGGGUCAAGUAAAUCAGCACCAUUGACGUCUCGUGUGGGGGGAUGCUAACCUAGCCUGUAAAAAUUACUGAAAUUCAAAAUGGAUAAUAACCGAGAAGCUCUCCAGAGUUUCUCGUACUCAUUUAUGAGGAGAGGUUUGGGGGGGGGCAGCAGAGCACGUGGAAUCGGCUAUGAUGGGACUUGAGGUGUGAGCAACCCACCAGAAAAACAGCAACAGGCUAGACAGACUCUGGGCUGUGGAAAUGUGAGACUUCUGCAGCUUCACAUCACCGUGUGUCUACAUGGGAGCUGAAAAUCUCCAUCAAAUCCAGGACAAGUCUUCAGUCCCCGUCUUAAUGCAGGUGUCAUAUCCCCAGAACCUCUGAAAGCAUGCUUGAUGAACCUGCAGGGAUAUUAUCUUUGUGUGCAAGCUGUGCGUGUGUGCCAUCUGCGAGCAUGUUUGUGUGUAUGCUCUUGUAACACUCCCUGUUUAAGCAAAUUGCAGCAUUCUUAAUCAAACCUCAGGUAAAGUGCUUUAAGUGGACUUUGUUCUCCAAGGCAGAAGGGGAAGGGGGUUGCCACGCUCUACAUGAUUACAAGUUGUCAUAGCGGGAAAUAAAAUCACUGUGUACAAAAUGGUCAUGUGCAUUUUGCAGAUAUUGAUAAUGUUUAAAAGUAGAUAUUUAAAGUUACUCCAACAGACAGAACAGAAAAUGCCUUGCCUUUUUGAGAUGCAUCUAUGUUGUGGCAUUUCAUCACUGAAAUUCAGUUCAAUAUUCAUCAGUGUUUUCUUUCUACAUGACUGAGUUCCAAUCGUCCAUUUCAAUCACCCGCUGAGUUAUUUAACAAACUAUGAAAUUACUUUGUUUAGAGGGAGAAGCCUUUCCUUAGUCUUUGUAGUCAUACUUGCAGUAUGGUUAGACAAUUUCACUUUGUUUACCAAAAGAAUGAAGUAGAUCAGUGUCAGCAGCUGUUAAUAAAUAACUGUUUAGUGAAUCUGAGGACAGUUUCAAGGGGAACCGCUUUGGGCUAUGUGAAAUGUUAAUACCAUGUGAAGUAUUAUUUUUCCUUGGCUUGUAAUUUAUUCCUAGCAUUACUUAGAAUCAGAAGUAGAGAUGAGGAAUAACUGGCAAUCGCUUCAUGACACCCGCUCAUGGCCAAAUUAAAGCAGAUCAGGACAAGAUGAGCCAUAGGAAUCAACACAAUCCCCGUUCCCUCACUCCAGACAUUGCUGUUCUUACAUCCACAAUGUGCUAUAUAAGUGCCAUGUCCUCUCUUAUGCUUUCACCCAAUGUUUAUAGUAUGAGUUGCACCUUUUCCCCCAGUUUUCAGAUCUUUUUUUUUUUGCACUUUAAAGUGUUAUUUAAAGGAACUUGUAUGAGGGGAAAAAAUUAAAAAAAAGUUGCUAAAUA